AUGAGUUCCGCCAUUGAUCGAGCCUUUGCGCAGCUCUACAACGAAGCGUCCGACCAUUACGACAACGACGAGCUCGAAGAAUGCGCAGCCAAAGCACGGGAGAUUAUCGAUGACCGUGGCACACCUCGAUACCACCGCAUGAGGGCGUUGAUCUUGCUAGGAAAUGUACUCGGAGAUUGGGAGGAAGCCAACGAUUGCUUCGUGAGGGCUCAGGCGCUGUGGAGAAUCAUUCGCCGCUGGCAACCUGUCGGCCAGGACGCAGAGGCCGAUGCGGCUCUGGACGAGCUGCGCGUCUGUCUCGAUCAGCUGGAGGGCGCUCUCGCAGAAGACAGACCACCAGAUGACGAUAGCGAUGCCGCCGUGGACGCUACAGCGGACUCGCAUGAAGACGAGCUUCGCGCAACGGACCACGCCAUGGCUGUGCGCCCGAAGGCAGCCGUAUGUUCUUGGAAUUCGUCAUCUUGUUCCAUUGUCGCCGCGAUCACUGACUCUCUUCACAGCUCGCGUCGGAGCAAGCCACUGGGAGUGGUGCCCUGA